UAUCGUAAGUUGUAAAUUUCCCUACCGCACGCUCUCGGUUCAAUUAAUUUUUCUUUGUAGGCCUGAUAGCUUUGAAGUUUAAGCGACUCGUUUGUUCCAUAGGUUCACUCGUGGGUUCGCUUGCCGCUAUCAUCAUCGUUUACGCGCUAGUCAAAUAUGGCGAUUCGCUGCAGUCAGCGAAGAGAGCAGUGCAAGCGAAGUACGCACUUCGUUAUGUAGCAGCGUUUUGCCCCGUCCUUUAGUGAGCAGCGUUCGUGUUGACCGUUCAGUGCAGACCGCGAGACUUGAAGCGACCAUGCGGUUCAACGAGAAAGAGAUGGCAACGCUUGCCGCGGGAGCUGCUGACAAGGAAGGACGUCUGAACCACCGAAACCUAUCUUUCAGAGAAGUGUUCAAGGAAAGAUGGUUCAAGUUGAAAGGAAACCUACUGUUCUACUUUCGCUUGAACGAAUAUGGGGGAGUGUUUGAGAAAGAGCCUGUGGGCCUAUUUGUCAUCGAAUGCUGCAAGGUUCAGCACGAACCAAGCGUGGACUAUGCGUUUGCAUUUUCUAUAGCAUUCUUAGAUGAUGCGGACCGAAAGCAUCUGUUCACGUGCACGACACAGAAGCACUGUGAUGAGUGGGUGAGCUGCCUGCAGCAGGCUGGCUAUGAAUACCAGAGGGGUCGCCUGCUCUACAUGCAGCAGAAGAUUUUGGAACUCACUGGACGGGACCCUUUGGCAGACUUCAUUAGUCGGCGAAAUGGCAAUGCUCCGGGGAGCGUACAGGCCAUUCAGAAAGCACCUGAAAGCAACAGCAGCACUGCAGAUGCGAAAAAGAGAACCACAAUAUGGCACUGAUAUCAUGCCACUAGGACACAGUACGUUGUGGUCUCACAUUGCCAUCAUCUUCAUUCCCAGCGCUGCAUGAGUUGCACACGCCAAGUGGAGUGUCACUGAUCCUGCUUCACCAAUCGUUUCAGCCCUUCUUGGGUGAAGUCAUGCCCUGUUCAUGACUUCUGAUGUUGUACAUUGCAUUUUAAAUGUGUAUGUGUGUAUCUUGAUGUUCCACCACUUGUGCCUGCACAUCGCUCAACUGGUCCUUAUCCAAGUCUGGAGUGUGCUCUUGUGCGAGUUUACUCGGUGAUACUGAAAGUUGUUUACGUGUGAUUAGAGCAUUGGAUGUUUUCUGGUGCUGUAUUUUAAUACCACUUGAUUAUUUUUUGUCUUUAAUAGCACCACUACUUUUUUAAUUGUUGAACUGUCCGUGAAAGGUGAUUUCAUAGAAGAUGGGUGAUAUGAACAGAACACCUUAUCAAUUUGUCACGAGCCAAGGAGCCCGCCUUGUGCACAAGGUGAUGAUGUGGUCUGGUUGAUGCAUGUUAUGAGUGGGGUUCUUUUUUCGCCUGCUUUCAUCAAUUCAGUGCAGCGAAACAAAUAUAUAAAUAACCUUUUGCUGAACACAGCAUUCUGUUCAUUGAACACUGUAAGACAUGUUUAUUCAACACCUUUAUUUUAAUCAUCAGCAUCAGUUCAUUAUCAUAGUUACAACAGGAGUUCCCACGUUAUCUCUUAUCCGUGAAGCACUGCUGCUUUGUGUACAAGAAAAAAAAAAUUAAGCAUUUAUCACUGUCAUAUUAAUGCAGCUUUUUGCACACAAGACGAGGACAAAGAAGGGGCUGAGACACUGCACUCGUGUGUCUGUCUCUUUCUCGUCCUCGUCUUGUGCGCAGAAAGCUGCAUUCAUGUCCUAUCAACAUGCCUAAAUAGUCACCUUAGUCAUAUUAAUGUAAAAGACGGAAAAAGCAGCAUUUUAGUAGACAGCUGAUGAUACUUAUCCUAUUGGUUAUGGCAUAAGAAGAAUAAAAUGACAAUUGCUAGGUUGACUGGAGCCCCCCUUGUUCUAGCCUGUCCGAUUAUAUAUCUGGGCUUCUAGAUAUGAGCAGUUUAUUUUUGCUGGUUCUCUUUCCUUUUCUUUUUUCUUUUGUUGAGCAAGUUGUACAGUAAAACCUUGUUAAUUCGGAUUUCGCGGGACCGAAGAAAAUGUCAAAAUUAACCGAAUGUCAAAUUAUUGAAGGUAUCAAGAAAACAAGUAAACGCUUACUACAUCAA